UUCCAAUCACGAUUAAUAGUGUUAAGACCUUCAUCCUCUUGGUUUUCCCUUAGUUGAUACAUGUUUCAAGAACGAUUAAGCUAUAACUUAAUAAUCGCAGUAAUAUUGAAGAUUUAAGCAUCAAUUCGGACACAUUGGAAUGCUUCCUUUCUGCUAAUCGGGUAUAUGUCUAACCGUGAUCCACUUGUGAACAAUAUUGCGGACUUAGUUUCAGACUCCUCGUUUGACGAAGAAUCGCUUUCAUUUCUUGAAGAUUCAGAGGAUCAGGAUCUUUCACUUAAAAAUGACACAUUCUCAUCAAAAAGCGCGCAUUCUGAUGGGACCGUCAUUAGCGAUCAUUUGCGCAGAAGGUCCAGCGAUGCAAACACAACAGAAAAGCCCUUUCAGAAUCGCGUAAAAGAACCAGAACCCUUUGGCACAGUUUCUCAUGGGACAAUAGCAAAUAAAGAGAUGAAAUCUCCUGCUUUCCAACCUAUUCGUUCGCAUGAGAACAUAGUUACCCCAAUGCCAGCUCAAAACUCCAUGCGUAUGCAUUCAAUGGAGCCACAGGAAACUGAUUCCAUAUCAAAAACACAUAAUAAGACUCCUGGGUCGCUUUCAGUCUCCCGUUGGCGUCGUAUUGGCCGAAUAGGCUUGGGGCCGCCAAAACGCGCCGAAUACACCCUAUCCUCGGAUGUCAAAAUUCCCUCAGAAAUAAAGCCUAUAAAUCACAACAUCGAAGAUGACUACGAAAAUGAUGUUGAAAUGAAAUCUUCUGAGAAUUCUACUUCUUCACCAUUUGCGCUUCCUUCUCAAGCGUCUAAUUUCCCACCUAAUACCCAAGCUACGUCAGUACCUAAUGCAUAUGAUGUUCCUAUGCGCUCCGAGGUUAACCCUGCUAAUUUUGAAGAAUCUUUGUUUGUGAAGCCGCGUUUGAAGGAGCUUGCUUCUGAUAAUAGCUCAACAAUGAAAGCGCCCUCUAUACCUUUACAAGAAAACCAUUAUGUACAUCAGCAACAGCGGUUGCAUGGCCCUCCCCCGAAAAUGAAUUCACUCGUUGAUCAGUCUCAGAACCAUGGAGUACCGAAGUUUCUCCAAGAUGUCGCCACAGUCGCUAACUUGCCGUUCAUUAAGUUAGGUAUAGUGGGUAAAGGUGGGAGCAGCACAGUUUUUCGAAUAUAUUCACCGGAAAAUGGUCGGUUAUAUGCUCUUAAGGAAGUUAGCUUUUUACAAGCUGAUUUUUCAACUGUUCAGGGGUACAAAAACGAAAUCGCUCUGUUAAGAAAAUUAUCAGGAAAUGAUCGGAUAGUAAAAUUGUAUGCCGCCGAAGCAAACAAUUCAAUUGGUCAAUUGAAUAUGGUUAUGGAGUACGGUGAAACUGACUUGGCUAAACUCCUCAAUAAGUAUGCAAACAAGCCAAUCAAUCUUAAUUUUAUACGAAUGUAUUGGGAACAAAUGCUACAGGCUGUACAAAUUGUCCACGAGCAAAACAUUGUUCAUUCGGACCUGAAACCAGCUAACUUUUUGCUGGUUGAAGGAAGUCUUAAGCUUAUCGAUUUUGGAAUUGCAAAAGCGAUAGGAAAUGACACAACCAAUAUCCAUCGAGAUUCACAUGUCGGAACUAUCAACUACAUGGCGCCAGAAGCUUUGACUGACAUGAAUGCAAAUACAGAUUUGGGUGUGAAGUUAGUAAAACUGGGAAGACCGAGUGACGUUUGGAGCUUAGGCUGUAUACUCUAUCAAAUGGUCUAUGGAAGAGCACCUUUUGCUCAUUUGAAGAUGAUACAGGCAAUAGCUGCAAUUCCUGAUGAUCGUCAUCAGAUACAAUUUCCUGAGAUUGCCGUCCCUCCUACUGCCAACCAUGAAGCUUCUCAUAAUUCGCAUCCACAUGGAGUGGUAGUUGGACCUGACUUAAUGGAUGUUAUGAAACGAUGUUUGCAACGAGACCAGAAAAAAAGGUUAACAAUUCCGGAAUUAUUAAUGCAUCCGUUUUUAAACCCUGUCCCCUCUUUUCCUUCACAAAGUCCGCAACGGAAUUCCUUUUCUUCUCCCGAUUCCAAUACUUCUUCGAAGCUUACGACCGCAAUGUCAGCCUCUCAAUUGUCCAUGAUUAUCGAAAGAUCCAUUGAACUUAGUAAACGAAAGUCCUUACCCAAGGAAAUUAUCGAUAACAUGGCUUACGAUUGUAUAAGUAAUCUGCAAAAGAUGCCUCGCUAGGAGAAUGGCAAAAAUAUCAAUCUAUUUAUGAAAGGUUUCGGUUCACUAUCUUUAAAUUUCGUUGAAGGUGAUUUUUUUAAGGCUUUUUUUGUGAUUUAAUGAACAACUUAACUUAUGUAUCUUUCUUUUCCUUAAUGAAUACUAUCCAUUGUUUAAUUGAAUAUAUUAUACACAUGUGUAGCUUCGUUUGCUAGCACUUAGUAUUUCGUUGAGUGAUGCCAAAGAAUGUAAGUAUGUGCAGUGUCUAUAAAAGACGUAUACAUCGUAAGUGAGAACCAAUGUUGUUUUCCAUAAUUAUAAUUCAUAAAGCAUAGAUGCAUACAAAAAUAGAAAAAUGCAGAAUGCGUUAGCUAUAUUGCUCUUACUGUUCAAUCAAGUCCACUGCUACGAACAGCGAAACCGUC